AUGACCGGAGCCGGAAGCGGUGGCCAGGGCCCCCCGGACGGGCCGGAUGCCGAGGAGGCCGAGAGGUGUCCCAUCUGCCUGGGCAUCCUGGCGGGGGCCGAGCUGGCCAUGCCCGACAACUGCUGCCACCUCUUCUGCCUCCGAUGCCUCCUGACGUGGGCAGAGGUGAUGCUCGGCUCCGUUCCUCCCACCCCAACACAAACGCACUCCGCUCAGGCUUCGACGUCGCCCUCCUGCCCAGUGGACAGAAGAGCCUUCAGUAAUGUUUACAGAUGGGACAGAAGCCUCAGCCUCGUGCAGGUCAGCCCCCCCCGUACCCCCCUCAGCUCGGGCCGGUCUGCUGCUUUAGCAUGCAACACACACGCCGUUGAAACGGCAGCUGCGCGUCCUUCUGCUUCCCCCGCUCAGAUUCCCGUGAGGAAGCGGCCGCCUCAAGCCGAAGCCCAGAGCUGCUGCUGCCAGAACCCAGAAGAAAAAGCUCAUCUCAAAAAUAAGCCCUCAAGAAGAACGAGGCGGCCGAAACCGGAGACGACAGCCGACGUUAAGACUAAAGGACUCGUUAGGAAAUGUAACGAGGAGGACCCCUCUUCAGUGAGCAGAAAAAAGGUGAGGGGAACAAAGUGCUGCGCGUGGUCGCCGCCCCCCUGCGUCUCGCUGACCACCUCAUCACAGGACAUGGCGGAUCCGGCCUGGCUGGCAGAGGAGGGGCCUUAUGACUCUGGGUUUGAGCGGUGCAAACCGCGGGCACAGCACUGUCCCUGGCUCUCCCCCGCUGUGCCCAUCCCCGCUAACGGAAGCUCCAGGCAUGAUCUUGAUGGAACUCGUCGGAACUACAGCCCGUUUCCAUUUGGGCGCGUCUCGCCUGCCUUUUCCUCCAGCUCAGCCUUCAGCUCGAGCCAUUUCGUAUUUCAGGGCGUGGUCUGCGCCGUCACGUGUCCCAAAGGCGGAGAGAAGCGAGUGGGCCGAUCCUCCACCUCCAAAGCCCCCACCAAAGAGUCCCUACCCACCAGAAGAUCCGGGCGCAACAGCAAGACCCAAGAGGAGACCCCGGCCUCGGGCCAGGCCUCGCCGCCGCCGUCCAGCCCGUCCGACUCCGACUCCUCGGCCAGCCAAUCGGCGAAGCCGGACCGGAGCGCCCAGGCGCCCGCCAAAAGAAAGGGCAAACGGGUGACCAACCGGAAGGCCAGCGGGAAGCGGAAAGCCGCCGCCGCCCGGAAGAAGCCCUCCCCCGAUGUGGUCAGCAGCCCGGCGGCCAGCGAGGAGGAGGAAGAGGGGGAGGAGGAAGAGAAGGCGGCGGCAGGGGACACCAGUGGGAAGGAAGAGCAAGGAGACAAAAGCCAAGAGGAGCCGGACGCCAGCGACUCGGACCAGGAGCCUGACGGCCGUCUCAAAGAGGAGCCGGACGCCAGCGACUCGGACCAAGAGCCCGACGGCCGGCUCAAAGAGGAGCCGGACGCCAGCGACUCGGAGCAGGAGCGGGAUUCCGGCGGACGGCUAAAAGAAGAGCAGGACGCCUCCGACUCGGAGCAGGAGCCCGACAGCCGGCUCAAAGAGGAGUGGGACGAGCUCAGCUCCAGCGACGAGCGGAGCGGAGCGGGAUCUCCGGGCGCCACCGGGGAGGCCGGCGAGGAAACCCCGGAGCAAAGCGGCGAACGGCAGCCGGAGGAGGCGGCCGACGAGGGAAACAACGGCCUCUCGCUGGCCUCCGACUCGCCUCCCGACAGCCCCGCCAGCCCGGCCAGCCCCGUGUCUGACGCGGGCAGCGUCCCGAGCAAAGGAGGGGAGGACGAGCCCCCCAGCCCCAUUUCCUCCGCAGGAAAGGAGGCCGAGAGAACCACCUCGCCCUCCCCCUCUGACACCCGCAACUCUCUGCGGGAGGACGCGCCGUCCCCCGAAGACGGCGAGCCGGACGACGACAUGGACGUCUGCGCCGACCACGAGGAUCCCUCGGAGGAGGAGCCGGAGCCGGAGCCGCCCGGUACCUGCUCUGCGGGGGAAAGCCAGGAGGGCGUGGCCAACGCCCCCGAAGGCGCCGCCGCCAAGGCGGCCGGACCGGACGAGGGCUCCGGAGCAGAGAGCGGGGCGUCUCGGGACGGGGACGCGUCCCAGGACGACACCAGCGUCGUCCCCAUGGACUGCAGCUCCCCCGCCGCCGAGCCCGCCCCCUCCGCCGCCCCGGAGGCCGCCGCCCCCGCCCCGGAGGCGCCGGCCGCCAAGGACGACGCGUCCGGCGAGCAGCGGGAGAGGGAGAGGAGCCAGGAGAGGAAGAACGGCAAGCAGCGGCGCUCGCGCUUCCACUCGCCCACCUCCACCUGGUCGCCCCAGCGGGAGGCCCGGCGGGAGGAGGCCCGGAGGGAGGAGCUCCGCAGGGAGGCGUCCGGCCGGCGCUCGCGCUCCCGGGAGCGGGAGGGCAGCCCGCCGUCCAGCCGGGCGCCCCGAGCCCGCAGCCGCGAGAGGGAGCGGGAUCGGGAGGGCGAGCGGGGCCGGAGGGACCGCAGCCGCGAGAGGAGGCGCCGGCGGUCCAGGAGCCGCUCCAGGUCUCGCUCCAGGUCCCGCACCAGGUCCAGGUCCCGAUCCAGAACGAGGUCGUACCGGCGCGGCGCCAGCCCCGACCGGCCGCCCUCCAGGGAGCGCUCCCCCCCGAAGAAGGACCGCCGAGACGCCUGGCGGCCGGGAUCGGGCGGCGAGGGCCGGCGCCACCACGCCGGCGGGCGCUCCGAGAACGGCGUGCCCCCGGAGAGCUCCCCCGAGCACCAGGGCUGGUCCGAGAACCCCGACUGG